ACUUUACUCAAUGAAAUUGUGGUUGGAAAGAUGGCGUCCAAGUGCAACCUUUCUGCUUUAUUUCCAAUCCAGAGCCAGUUGGACGACGCCCUGGACAACGCUACGAACCAACAAGAGAAAGAAAACCUUGUCUACCAGUACUUGAAAAAACUAGACGACAAAGAUGACUUGAGGAUUCCCGAUUUUGACGAAGGUCUCGAAUGGCUGAACACAGAAGGCCCCCUUUCUUUCACAAGAGAGCUUGCUGGUAAAGUGGUGGUGUUGGACUUCUUUACUUACUGCUGCAUAAACUGCAUCCAUAUCCUACCUGACCUGCAUCAGCUGGAGAAAAAGCACUCUGUGAAAGAUGGGCUUGUUAUCGUGGGUGUCCACUCUGCCAAGUUCCCCAACGAAAAGGUGCUGCAGAACGUGCAGAGCGCUGUGCUCCGCUACAACAUUACCCACCCGGUGGUGAACGAUGGAGACGCUCGGCUGUGGCAUGAGCUGGAGGUGGCCUGUUGGCCCACCCUGGUGCUCAUUGGGCCCAGGGGCAACCUGCUCUUCUCGCUGGUGGGAGAGGGCCACCGUGAGCGCCUAGCGCUCUUCACCAACACCUCCCUUCGACACUACAGGGACCAGGUCCUGCUCAGUGACCACCUUGUGGGGACCAAGCUUUACAGGGACUCUCUGCCCCCAUCGCUUCUUUCGUUUCCUGGGAAGGUAGCAGUGGAUUCCAGUAGGAAGAGACUGGCUAUAGCAGAUACGGGCCAUCAUCGGGUACUUGUGGUGUCCAACAUUGGGCUGGUGCUUUACUCUAUAGGAGGGCCUGAGAGUGGUAGGAAAGACGGUAAUCUCGACGAAGCAACCUUCUGCUCCCCACAGGGGAUUGUCAUCAAAGGAGAUACUGUCUUUGUGGCCGACACUGAAAACCAUCUGAUCAGAAAGAUUGACUUGUUAGAGGGACAGGUCAGCACCCUGGCAGGAGUGGGAUUUCAAGGCACAGACAUGGAGGGAGGGGCCAUGGGACCCCAGCAGCCUAUCAGCUCACCCUGGGACUUGGCCCUUGGGACUGCAGGCGGUGAGGAGGAUAACAUGCUGUGGGUGGCCAUGGCAGGGACACACCAGAUCUGGGCUCUGUUCCUGGAAAAUGGGAAGUUGCCUAAAAGAAGCGAGUCCAAAGCGGGGACGUGUGUGCGCUUCGCCGGGAGUGGCAACGAAGAGAACCGCAACAACGCCUACCCCCAAAAGGCCGGCUUUGCUCAGCCCUCGGGCCUGGCCCCCGCUCCGGAGGAGCCCUGGGGGUGUCUGUACGUGGCCGACAGUGAGAGCAGCACUGUGCGCUCCCUGGCUCUGAAGGACGGCGCUGUCAAACUGCUGGUGGGGGGCGAGAGAGACCCACUGAACCUGUUUGCGUUUGGGGACGUGGACGGGAAAGGAGUGGACGCCAAGCUCCAGCACCCUCUCGGUGUGGCCUGGGCUCCUGACCAAGGCCUCCUCUAUGUGGCGGAUUCCUACAACCACAAGAUCAAAGUGGUGGACCCAAAAACCAGGCAGUGUCUGGUUGUGGCUGGGACAGGGGAAGCAGGUGACGUGUUAGGGCCAGGGUUGACUGAGUCCAGCUUCAAUGAACCUGGUGGCCUGUGUGUCGGGGAGGGGGGCAGGGUGCUGUAUGUAGCUGACACCAACAACCACCACCUCAAAGUCUUGGACCUGGACACCAAGACUGUGUCACUGUUCCCCAUUUCAUUGGAGGACGCGGUAGACUCUGCACCAACUAAGUCCUCUGGACCUUGUAAAGUCCCCAAGCUCCCCAAAUCUGCUUCUAGGGUGAAGAUGCCACCACUGGCAGUGUCACCAGGACAGACUGUCAACUUGGAGCUGGUGCUAUCGCUACCAGAGGGCACCAAGCUCACUGAAGACGCACCCAGCUUUUGGACCCUGUCAGCAGAAGGUAACGAGUGGUUGGUAGGGAACCAGGUGGUGACCGGGGACAUCCAAAAUCUUUCCCAGCCCCUUUCCAUCCCUGCCAUACUUCCAACGGUUCUCAAGGCGACAGAGUCCAGCCCCUCCCUCACCCUGAGUGUUUGGGUUUACUGCUGUCUGGCAGGAGGCGGGGCUUGUAUGAUGAAAGCCGCCUCCUUCACGCAACCUCUCCAGAUAGGCUCUACACCCAGAAACGGCUCGGUUACCGUGACGCUGGCUCAUGCCUUCUAACUUAACAAGCCUCUAGCCCUUCCCUCUCGUUGGGGCUUUGUUUCAAAUAUGUUUCAUUUUUAAAUCAAGAUUCAAGUUUACAAAUGUAGAAAUCAUUUUGAUAGCUCCUUUUGAACACAAAUGAUAACAGUAACAAAUAAUUUAUCACAGAAGUUGAUUGACAUGUUUAAACAAAGUAGAUAUAUCAAAAAUAGCAUGGAAAGGGGAAGAAAAGGUCAAACCCGGACUUAAUUCAAUCAACAGACUAAAGUUAGAAAAAAAUACCCCCCAAAAGGAUAAGCCCACUCUACCUGCUUCCUUCCCCUUCGGGGUAAAUCCUAUGUAACUUUGUCUUUGAUAAGUGUACUGUACAAUUGGCUCAUUCAUCUCCCUCCUCUCCUCUGUAACUAUUCCCUAAUUCGUUGCUGUAAAUGAGAAUGUGUUCUCAGUCAACUUACCUGGUAAAAUAAAGAAAUAAAAAGUUUAAAGUCCUUAAAUUGUAUCAAACAAUGCCUGGAGUAAAUUAUUUUUUAUUUUAUUUAACUAGGCAAGUCAGUUAAGAACAAAUUCUUAUUUACAAUGACUGCCUACCACGGCCAAACCCUAACCCAGACGAUGCU